AUGCCUCAUUUCUAUGCUUUGUCGUACGAAUGGGGCACCGACCAACCCAGCCAUGCGCUGAACAUUGACGGAAAGACUUUUCCAAUCCGCAAGAAUCUCAAGCUCUUCCUCGAUCGGAUUCAUAGCAGUACACAUGCUUUUAUCCGCCCACUUUGGAUUGACGCCAUAUGCAUCGACCAGUGCAGCAACUCAGAGCGCAAUGAGCAGGUGAAGAUCAUGGGAAGGAUAUUCGCCGAAGCAAUUCUGGUUCUUACGUGGCUAGGACCGAAGUCCAUGGAAGAUGGAACGCUUGUCGAGACGGAGGUCACGUUACAGGACUGGAGAGACUCCGACGAGUACGCUCGAAUCAAGGAAGGACAGGUAGUUGAGAGACCGAGCGUUGUAAGUCUUCGAGAUCCGUAUGGUCAAAUGUGGAAUUGCCUGCAGCAGUUGUGCCAACUCAGCUAUUGGAAGAGGAGAUGGAUAAUACAAGAGUUGAUCAAAGCAAACAAGCUGCUGUUCUUGUGGGGCGUCGGACAAAUCACUUGGGAUGCGCUGUCCGCGGCCUUUCUCGCUGUCCUCUCAGUGAAUCGCCACAGAAGGUCAUCUGCUCCGAUAACGAUGACAGGACCCUGGGACGCAAUAUACACCUCGAUUCCGUUCAGUGUGUGGCAACAUGUUCACGACAUUCAUGUCAACCAUCGCCUUCUGCAAGUCAUGGAAACAUACCAACACUCGCAGUGUUCUGUAUUCCAUGAUAAAGCGUACGCUCUGACCGGGAUCUCGACUAAUGCACAUCAGCUGCAGGUCGACUACGAUAAGUCACUGCCUGAUCUUUACGCCGAUCUUAUGGAUCUCGAACCGAAGUCACCGCACUGCCUCAAGUACAGCAAGCUCAUCCUGGACGCGCUCUGCAUAGACAGGAAGAAGUGGGAGACUGGACCUGUCGUUGGGAAGACUGUCAUCAGUAAAGCUCUCAAGAUCAGCCCAGUAACUGCGGUGUCUACCGUUCCGAGUCCGGUGACUCCAGCAUUGAUUGACACCGAGAUGUGGGAGCUAUUCCAAUCAGCAGGCGCGAUGAGCAUAUCGAAAAUGAACGAAAUCAUUCGGUGGGCCAAAGAUGCCUAUUCUGAGAUUUCUGCCAAGACCCAUCGUCUUCAAAGGGUGUCCUAUUUUCUUCUGCUAGAUGGGCAAGUUGGCAUGUCGAUAUCUGCCGUCACACCAGGCAGUGUGGUAUACAUGGUCAACGGCGCCACGGAAGAAUCGGAUCCACUUUACCUGUGUCAAUCGAGUGAGCACCAUCGGGUCAGCUCAACGUCGUCGGUGUCCUCUUUGAGUCGAGAGGUCUCACGAACGAACCGCGUCUGGCUCGCGCCAUCAACGAACGCCACAUUCGAGGACAGCGGACUCAGUGACAGUCUCGACAUUCGGCUUGGUGACCUUUACGACAUGAACGGCAGCCUGGACUGGGAUAUUUCACCAGACACGCCGCUGCCAUCGCCCACAGAAGCGCCAACCAGUCCUCAACUGAAACUACGCAGACCACACUCCGACAAUGCCGAGAUUCGAUCUCCGCCGCACAGGUCUAGCACCGCUGGCUCGUCGUCGAUUGAUGAAGCAUUGCGUCCGAGACCGAGGACAAAGACGUGGCCACCUGUGGAGGGUGAGGAGGAAGUGGCCAAGACUGAUGGUUGGUACAUCGAUGCCUUGGCGAGAAACAUGAGGGAUAAAUUGUUUAUAGGUCCAAGCGGCAAGAUGAACACGCCGGAUUGA